AUACGAAGUCAUAUAAAAAAAGUUGAAGACAAGGGAGUAAAGUGCAAAUAUAAUAAACUUUAUAUCAUAGUUCCAGUCCGAGCAACGGAGACCCAACCCCAGAGGCUUGUGAAUUGAAUUCAAUUGAAUUGAAUUGAGUAGGGUUUGAUCGGUUGAAAAUGGUUGGCGAAGAGAAGAGGCAUCAGAUGAUGCAGAACCUAUUCGGCGACCAAUCGGAGGAAGAAGACGACGAUGAGGAAGUCGAAUCGGAGCAUGAAUCCAAUCGCCAGCCCGUCGAUUACGCAUCGGAUGAAGGCGACGGAGGGAUGGAGCCUGAGGUUGAAGGCGAGGCUGAAGUAGAAGGUCAAGGGGAAGUUGAAGCUGAAAUGGAGAGUGAUGGUGACUUACAUGAUGCAGAUCCUGUUCAUGGAGAGAGCGAGGCCGAAAGGGAUCAGAGUUCUCAAGAAGUGGAAGUUGGUGAUCAGAGGGAAGAAAGUGAAGGAAAAGAUUUUGAAAGUGAUGAUCAAGAAGACUAUCGUCAAAGAGUUGUGACAAGCAAGAGAAGGAAUGCCAUUGAAAGUGGAUCAGAAAGAUUUGAGGAAAAUCGCUAUGCUGAAAAUGAAGAUGAAGAAGUUGAGCAGACUAAAAGUCAGAGAUCGCCUGGUGAGGAUGAAGAUGAAGCUCACAUUUCACACACAGCGCCUGAGCUUCGUGAUGUUUUUGGGGACUCUGACGACGAGGAACCAGAGUAUGCAGUUGAAAAUCAAAUUGACCAUGAUUCUAAUAGAUCCCCUAUUGAUGAGGAGGGAAGUUAUGAGAAAGGGCUCAGGCCAGAGGAUAUGGUAGCUGAUGAGGAGGGUCAGUACGAGUCCGAGGAAGAGAAUAUAAAGGCUAAACACAAGGAGAGACCAGUUGGCCCCCCUUUGGAGCUUGGGAUUCCACUGCGACCCCCUCCAGCCCGUCCAGAGAAGAUGAAUAUAAUUAAGGUUUCUAAUAUUAUGGGAAUAGACCCCAAACCAUUUGAUCCUGAGACUUAUGUUGAAGAGGAUGAGUUUGUGACUGAUGAAUCUGGAUCUAAAAAACGUAUUCGCUUGGAGAACAACAUUGUGCGCUGGAGAAAUGUGAAAAACCCUGAUGGCACAAUUACUCGUGAAAGCAAUGCUCGCUUUAUUAGAUGGUCAGAUGGCAGCUUACAGUUACAAAUCGGUAAUGAAGUUCUUGACAUAUCUGUCCAAGAUGCGCGGCAUGAUCAGGCACACCUUUUUCUUAGACAUGAUAAGGGUAUUUUGCAAUCACAAGGAAGACUUCUGCAAAAGAUGAGGUUUAUGCCUUCUUCCUUGACUUCUAAGUCGCACAGAAUGUUGACUGCCCUUGUCGAUUCACGCCACAAAAAAGUUUACAAGGUCAAGAACUGUGUCACAGACAUUGAUCCUGAGAGGGAGAAAGAGCAAAAGGAGAGGGCUGAAAGUCAAACAAUUAGAGCUAACGAGCUUCUUAGUCGGAAGAAGGAAAAGGUUAAUAGGAAAUAUACACAGACUGUUCGCAGGGAGCGCCAACUUUCCCCUGGUUUCUUGGAGGAUGCACUUGAGGAGGAUGAUGAACCUGAUUACUACGAGUCCCGACGCUCUGCCCCUAGACGACGCUUUGAUGAUGACAUGGAAAUGGAGGAUAGAGCAGAGAAGCGGAUUCUCAGCGCAAAGAAGGGGCACAAAGAUAUACCUCGCAAGUCAUUCCCAGCUUCCAAAUCAUCCCGACGCCCGGUUGAUUUUUCAGAUAGUGAGAAAGAGGAGUCUGAGUAUGAAACUGAUGGGGAGGAAGAAUACAGGUCUCCUGCACGUCGGAUGACCGAGGAUCCAGAACUGGACGAUGAAGAAGAGGAAGAAAAUUAUGAAGAGGAGGCUGGUGCUGAUGAAGCAUCAGAGGAAGAGGAGCCAAAGCACAAGGCUAAAGAGUCGCAACGUAACUUCAAGCACAAGGAGAUAGAGUCAGAUGAUGAUUCCCCUAAAAGAAAACCGACAACACACCGUCGCAUGGCGGUUGUGUACGAUAGUGAUGAAGAUUGAUAAAUGCUUUAUGCAAGUAAAGAGAUGCAUGCUUCUUCCUCCGAUGUUGAAAAGUGAUCGACCUUCAGGUGCAAAUACAAGGAAUGCAAACUUUUUUCCUCUUUUCUUUAUCUUUAUGGUUCUCUGCCAAAAGAAUUGUAGUGUUAGUGGGGAGGAAAGUUUUAUAAUUAGUCAUAGUUGAGAAAAGUUUUCUUUUCGUUAAGGUUUUCUUAUAGUGUCCACCAUCUGGAUUGUAAGUAUAUUUGAAUUUGGUUCUUUCCUUAUGAUAUAGAUAAACUUCAGACUUGUGGAUUGGU